AUGCAAUCUGAGGAAGCUGAAGAGCUUGACCGAAGUAUUAUGGAUGGAUUAUCUGGUUUCAUCUCAGUUCUGCCCGACGAGUAUUUGGCUUGCAUUUUCCAGUUUCUUAGCCUCGGUAACCGGAAACGCUGCUCUCUUGUUUGCCGGCGGUGGUUGAGGACUGAAGGACAGAGCCGUCAUCGACUUUCCCUCAACGCCCAAUCAGAUAUGCAACAUUUGAUUCAUUUCAUCUUUUCUCGCUUUGAUGCUGUCACGAAACUGGCCCUGAAAUGUGACCGUAGUUCUGUUAGCAUCGCGGAUGAAUCGCUUGUUCUAAUCUCGGAGCGCUGCCAGAACUUGAAUCGCCUUAAGCUCCGAACUUGGUGUGACUUGACCGAUGCCGGAAUGUCGACUUUCUCUAAGAACUGUAGGGGCCUAAAGAAGCUUUUGUGUGGAUCUUGCACUUUCGGAGCUAAAAGCAUGAACGCCAUGCUCGACCACUGUCCAGCUCUCGAGGAACUCUCCGUGAAACGAAUUCGCGGCAUCAUAGUUGGAGCUGAGCCGAUAGGGCCAGGGGUGGCGGCGACAGCAUUGAAAACAAUUUUCAUGAAAGAGCUUUAUAAUGGACAGUGCUUUGGUCCGCUUAUUAUUGGUGCUAAGAAUCUGAAAUCCUUAAAACUUUUUAGAUGCUCUGGUGAUUGGGAUAAGCUUUUCCCUCUUAUAGUUGAUCGGGUCACGGGUAUCGUAGAGAUCCAUAUGGAACGUAUUCAAAUAAGCGACAUUGGUCUCGAGGCCUUAUCCAACUGUUCCAACCUAGAAAUCCUUCACCUCGUUAAGGCUCCAGAGUGUACGAACGCUGGACUUGGAGUUGUUGCUGGGAAAUGUAAAUUGUUAAGGAAGCUGCACAUUGAUGGAUGGAAGGCCAAUCGAAUAGGUGACCAAGGUUUAAUUGUUGUUGCAAACUCAUGCCUUAAUUUACAAGAAUUAGUUUUUAUUGGUGUUAAUCCGACGAAUAUAAGUUUGGGAAUGUUAGCUUCAAAUUGUCAGAACUUGGAACGAUUAACUUUAUGUGGUAGUGAUACGGUGGGUGAUGCAGAGAUUUCAUGUAUUGCUGCGAUAUGUAUAGCUUUAAAGAAGCUUUGUAUUAAGAGUUGUCCUGUUUCAGACUAUGGAAUGGAAGCCCUUGCUAGUGGUUGCCCGAAUUUGAUCAAAGUGAAGGUGAAUAAAUGCAGAGGAGUAACAUCAGAGGGGGUGGAAUGGUUAAGAUCCAGUAGAGGAUCACUCGUAAUUAAUUUGGAUACAGGGGAACAGUUAGAUGUUGUUUUAGUUAAUAUUUGGUGCUUUGGUUCACUAUUGCUCGUGUUAUUCGUUCGUUUUGUGAUCUUGCUGCUACAAAUUAUUGAUGGUUUAAUUCUAAAGUGA